CUGGGUGAACCCUGAGGCCCUGGUGGCUGCUGCUCCCUGCUCCCCUGCCCUCAGAGUGGUGGGGGCGGGGGGCACCUGGGAUGCCCAUUCUUGAGUUAGGGUUAGGUCUUCUGUCCCCCAGACUCAAGCCUUGAGUGGAGAAUGGCCAAGGCAGAGGACAGAGAGCAGUACAGAAGCAUGACUUGUGUACCUCUGGGUGGGGGCCCAGGUGUGCGAUGGCACUGAAGUGGGCCCCUCCCAGGGCUGUCUGGGUGCAUAAGCUGAAACCAGAGAGCACCCCUGGGGAAUGAGGGUUGCUGGGCAGCAAGGGGCUGGGAGCUGAGGGCUGAGAAAGGUCAAGUGAUACUUCCAGAGCAUGGACAGCUGGUAGUACAAAGGCCCUGGGGCCAGAGGGAGCGUGGGACCCUCUGUGUGGGUUAUGCUGGGGCCUGGCUCACCAAGGACGACUGGACUCGCUGGACGGUGCCAUGGGGGAUCUACAAGACGACUACGGAGAGGGGCUGGUGGCCUCAGAGUCUAGGGAUGAGGAGGAGGUGCUGGUGGUCCCAGAGUCCAGGGGUAGGGAGGAGGUGCUGAAUACUGUGGAGCGUGAGGAGGAACUGGAGCAAGCCCUGGACCUGGAGGACUAUGAGGACCUGGGCAUCCCUGAGCCCCAGAUGGAAGAGCCCCAAGCUCUCCCCGACACAGAGCCCACAGCCACAGACUACAUCCCUGCCAAGCCAGAGCUGGGCACCCAGGAGGGCUUCACUGGGCCUCGGCCGCAGGUCUACGUGCAGCUGCAGGAGCUGGUAAUGGAUGGGCGGAGCGCGGAGCUGCAGUGGGCAGAAGUGGCACACUGGAUGCGGGUGGAGGAGAACGUGGGGCCUCGGGGUGCCUGGGGCCGUCCUCACCUGUCCUACCUCACCUUCUGGAGCCUCCUACAGCUGCAGAAGGCCUUCACCAAGGGUACACUUCUCCUAGACCUGCAGGAGCACUCCAUGGCCGGCGUGGUCCAUGAGCUGCUGGACAGGCUGAUCUUCGAGGAGCAGAUCCGGCCUGAGCACCGGGAGCCGCUUCUUCGGGCUCUGCUGCUCAAGCGCAGCCGUGCCGAGGACCGGGAAGUUCUGGAGGGGGUGACGCCUGCCGUCCUGACUCAAUCCGGGGAUCCCCGCCAGGCUCUGUUGGCCCCACAGCCCUCGCUGGAGACACAGCUCUUCUGUGAGCAGGUCGAGGGGGAGCCCGGGGUGCCCUCAACUUCCACAGUUCUGGAGAAGAUUCCAGAGAGCGCCGAGACUGCCCUGGUGCACGUGGGUCACGCCGACUUCCUGGAGCAGCCGGUGCUGGCCUUUGUGCGGCUGCAGGAAGCCGUACAGCUGGAGGACAUGAAGCUGCCCCGGCCCGUGCGCUUCCUCAUGGUGCUGCUGGGCCCCGAGGCCCCCCACACGGACUACACACAGCUUGGCCGCACCAUGGCAACCCUCAUGUCUGAGAAGGCCUUUCGCGUGGAUGCAUACUUGGCGCAGAGCCGCGCAGAGCUGCUGCACUCCCUGGACGGCUUCCUGGACUGCAGCCUGGUGUUGCCACCCAUGGACACCCCCUUGGAGCAGGCACUGCACAGCCUGCUGCCUGUCCAGCAGGCACUGAUCCGCAGGCGCUACCAGCCUGGCCCCGCAGUGGCACCAGACCGUGACUUCUACAAGGGCCUAGACGUGAAUGGUGGCCCUGGGGUCCCCGGGGGCCCCGAUGACCCUCUGCAGCGCACGGGCUGGCUGUUCGGGGGCUUGGUUCAAGACAUCCGGCGCCGCUACCCCCGGUACUUGAGCGACAUCACAGACGCACUGAGCCCCCAAGUCCUGGCGGCCGUCAUCUUCAUCUACUUCGCUGCUCUGUCGCCCGCCAUCACCUUUGGUGGCCUGCUGGGAGAGAAGACGGGGAACCAGAUGGGGGUGUCGGAGCUGCUCAUCUCCACUGCAGUGCAGGGCAUCCUCUUCGCACUGCUGAGCGCGCAGCCCCUGCUGGUGGUCGGCUUCUCGGGGCCCCUGCUGGUGUUCGAGGAUGCCUUCUUCACGUUCUGCGAGAGCAACGGCCUGGAGUACAUCGUGGGCCGCGCCUGGAUCGGCUUCUGGCUCAUCCUCCUCGUGGUGCUUGUGGUGGCCUUCGAGGGCAGCGUGCUGGUCCGCUUCAUCUCCCGCUACACCCAGGAGAUCUUCUCCUUCCUCAUCUCACUCAUCUUCAUCUACGAGACCUUCUCCAAGCUGAUCAAGAUCUUCCAGGACCACCCCCUGCAGAGGUCUUAUAACUCCACUGUGCAGAUAGUGGCCAAACCUCAGGGGCCCCUGCCCAACACGGCCCUCUUCUCCCUGGUGCUCAUGGCCGGCACCUUCGUACUCGCCAUGAUGCUGCGCAAGUUUAAGAACAGCUCCUACUUCCCUGGCAAGCUGCGCCGGGUCAUUGGGGACUUUGGGGUCCCCAUCUCCAUCCUGAUCAUGGUCCUAGUGGAUUUCUUCAUCGAAGACACCUACACCCAGAAACUCUCGGUUCCUGAUGGCCUCAAGGUGUCCAAUGCCUCCGCCCGGGGCUGGGUCAUCCACCCGCUGGGUCUGUACAGCCACUUCCCCAUCUGGAUGAUGUUCGCCUCCGCGCUGCCUGCCCUGCUGGUCUUCAUCCUCAUCUUCCUUGAGUCACAGAUCACAACGCUGAUCGUCAGCAAACCUGAGCGCAAGCUGACCAAGGGCUCCGGCUUCCACCUAGACCUGCUGCUGGUGGUGGGUAUGGGCGGUGUGGCUGCACUCUUCGGGAUGCCCUGGCUCAGUGCCACCACUGUGCGCUCUGUCACCCAUGCCAAUGCCCUCACGGUCAUGGGCAAGGCCAAUGCCCCGGGGGCUUCAGCGCAGAUCCAGGAGGUCAAGGAACAGCGGAUCAGUGGGCUCCUGGUGUCGGUGCUGGUGGGCCUGUCCAUCCUCAUGGAGCCCAUCCUCUCCCGCAUCCCGCUGGCCGUGCUGUUUGGCAUCUUCCUCUACAUGGGCAUCACGUCGCUCAGUGGCAUCCAGCUCUUCGACCGCAUCCUGCUGCUGCUGAAGCCGGCCAAGUACCACCCUGACGUGCCCUUCGUGAAGCGGGUGCGGACCUGGCGCAUGCACUUGUUCACGGCCAUUCAGGUCGUGUGCCUGGCACUGCUGUGGGUCGUGAAGUCCACGCAGGCCUCUCUGGCGCUGCCCUUCAUGCUCAUCCUCACGGUGCCCCUUCGGCGCUUCCUGCUGCCGCUCUUCUUCAGCCGCCUGGAACUCCAGUGUCUGGAUGCCGAUGAUGUCAAGGCCUCUGUGGAUGAGGACGACGGCCGGGAUGAGUACGACGAGGUGCCUAUGCCAGUGUAGGAGGCCGGGACCCCGCAGUGCUCCGGGCCCUCUCCAGAGGGCAGUGUGCAGCUGGGGGUCUCAUGAGGGCACACUGGCAUUUAUGGCUGAAGGUGGCCGGAUCCUGCAACAGGAAUUUCAGGGUCGGAGUGCCUCCUCUUCAAGCAGUCAGUGGGGACACUUGAACCCUGCUGGCUGUGUGACCCGGGACCACUCCUGCCUCUGCAUCCUCACGGGCAGUGGGGUGUGUGGACGACAUGCCCCAUUACUGACAGUCACCAAGGGCCAAAGAUAAGCAGGGUCCCACACAUCCCCAAGGGACCAUCACAGUGUGAGGGGCAGCUGGGUGUCUGCCUUCCUCCCCAUGCCCACCUGGAGACCAGAAGUGUUGUGGAGAGGGCAGGGAUGGGGACUUGGGAUGCCAUCCCCAUGUGCUGGGGCCAGGGCUGGGGAUACAAGGGGCUGAGGCAGGACGUUGCCCUGGGUGGGGUAGGUGUGGAUGUGGGUGGCAUGGGUGGGCAGGCGAGGGAUGUAAUUUAUUGUGCCUUUUCUGAGAGCUUUUGCUGUACUUGGCUUUAAUGUGGUCCCACUGGGGUCCCACCAGCCCAACCCCAUCCUAACCAAGUCCGGGGAGGACUGGUGUGGCCAGAUGGGGCAGCAGCCGGGACCUCCCAGGACGGCGGGAAUCAACUGCUUCAUAAAAUUACAAAAAGGAUGAAAGAAGCAGAAGUGGAGAUAAGUAGGGUGACAGGUGGCUCUGAGUGACCAAAAGGGCAGUAGAUGCAGACAGAGCAGAGCAGGCAGUCAGCUACGCUGCUUCCUGUUCUAUACCUCAGUUUCCUAGUCCCACAUGGGCCUCCACCUCUCAGGGUGUUGAAGCUUAGGGGAGAUAAUCGCUUAGGUGCACAGCGCCUGGUGGGGAGCGUGGCACUGUCACCCCACGCCUCUAGCACAGCCACAGAAGUGAACAUUGGCCCUGCUGGCUCUGCUGUGCCCCAUGUGCUUGGAAAUGGGUUUUGCCAAUAAAGCAUCCAUGUUGGA